UACCGCUCGUAAUAGAUCAUCCAUUUUUGUGGUUUGCUUUCUUUUUUUUUUUUUCCCUAUUCUUGCUCCAACUACCUAAUUAAAUAGACGGUUUCCACUGUGACUGGCUCACACAGGACCCAUCUCCAUCUUCGCCCUUGACAACUUACGACCUCUUAAUCACAUCAAGAACAAGCCUUUCAAAUCCUGUCUUACAAACAACACAAAAAAUGGGCCAAUUCGACUGGUUCAAGAAAAUCGGCGCCACCGACGAGGCCGUCGCCGUCCUCAACGACCAGCCCUACCUCUUCACCGUCCUGCUCGUCGUCAUCGUCACCCUCCUGGUGCAGGGCGGCGUGCUCUAUGCCAUCCACUGGGGCACUUUCAAGGACUCGCAGAAGAAGCAGCCCAAGAAGGGCGGCAAAUCCGGCGGCGGCCUGAUCAGCAAACUCACAGGAGGUGGGAGCAGCGACAACGGCCGCCGUGCCGCUGGUGGCAGCUAAGCGCCAAAGGAAUGGUCACAGCAAAAGGCCAAACAAAUUCACUAUCUCAUCCAUUCUAUGCCGCCAUAUUCUACCAGUUGAUCUGGUCCAUCUGUCAUUCUGACUACCGAAUUUUAAAAGAGAUACCAAGCAGGUUGCGUUGAAGGGAUGACCGCAAUUAAAUAGGGGAUGUAAAUAAGAGACAUGCCUGUUGGAUGGUUAACAAGAGAAGGGGCGCAAGGAGGAUGCUUUCACUAUUUAAAUCGAUAUAUUCCGAAGCGUUAAAGCAAAGCACUACUUGUAGUUUACUCAUAUGACUUAUAAAAACAAACAUCUUCAUCA